ACGCGCUAGAGAGUGAAAGAGAGAAAGAGUGUGUGUAUAUGAGAGGGCCCGCGCGCGCACUUGACCGUGAGAGGGAGAGAGCGCUGUCGCACGGACGUACAGAGAGAGAGAAAGAGCGAGCGCGCACAGUUUUGCUGUGCACGUACUGAAAUGCUGCUUGCGAGUGAGCAUGUGUGUGUGUGUGUGUGUAAGCAAAGGAGCGAGAGUAGUAGCAGCAGGCGCACACACGAUUAGUACUGGUAGUAGUAGUGCGCCAGUGCGCUUGGUGUAACUGUUGGUAGUGGUAACAGUGCUUACACCACACAGGGCAGAGAAAGAUAGCGAAUGUGUUGCUUGCAGUGUGCAGUGCGUGCGUGCGUGUGUGUGUUUGUCUGUCCGACGUUCUGAUUCCUGCCUAGCCUCCUAGCGCGGAGAGUGUUUGUGUGUGUGAGUGCGUGCGAUCAAACAGUAGGCGAGGAGCGAGUGUGCAACACUACCGGAUAGGAAAAAAAGGAGAAGAAGAAACACACCCCAGCUCUACUCUGGCAGAAGGUGGGCGGCCCCCGGGGGAAGAGAGAGAGCAAAUCAAUAGCAACCGGUUGCUAGCUGCUGCUGUCAAACGCGAAACAGCGAAAGAAACGCGAAGAAAAGCGGCCCUAACCGUGGUCAUCCUUGAUUUUUGCCUUUUAUUUUCGAUUGUGAGACAGUGUGUGAGUGUGUGUAGUGUCCUGUGUCCUGUGUCUUCUACCCUAGUAAACGGGGAGCAGGGCCACAAAUGUAACACUUCACUGCUUUGCAGCUUCUUCCUCUUGACGACGGGACACGGUACCGGGGCAACGAGCGCACCAAGCGCCCGAAGGAUUUCCUCCUGAAGACAUCUACUUUGGGAAGAAUACGGCCUCGCGCACCAUCGUCCCUGAUCGAUCCCCCAGUGUGUGUUUGUGUUGUGUUGCCUACUGUGUGAGGUUUGCUUUGUUACUAUUGUGUACCGAUUUAGUGCGUGUGUGUGUGUGGAAAGUGUAAUGUUGUAAUUUAAUAAUAAGAAAGAAAAAAAAAGAUGACGUGCUGUUAAAAGUGCAGUGUAACAGUAAGCUUAAAGUGUGUGAAAAAUUAGCAAAAUAAGAAGAAGAAACACGUCCGUUUCGGUGUGUGCAGUCCCUACGAGCCUCUGCCGCGAUCGUCAGCCUACAAUCCGGUUGAGAGAUAUACCUCACAAACAACGCGACAGCAAUUGGCCCCCAUUGUGUAGAAAUUAACUAGGCAGGAAUAAUCCUCGAGUUACACAGUAACAGCAAAGCGCGGUCAACAACGCGUAUCCUGAGACGAGUAAAAGAAGAGUAUCAGGCGAGGAGACACCGGAGUCUGUGGCUGUCCGUAGUUGCUGCUCGGGACCCCAACCUCUGGCAGUGUCCCGAAGGUUGCACCGAUCUUCACGAACAAGACACACGAAACAUGAGCGUUUGUGAUACAGUGCGAUUGGUAGUAUGCGGCACAUCGGAUAGAGAGCAAAAGGCUUAAGGUGUGUUAGUAACUGAAACUUGGAGUAGGAAACGGAUUGAAGAUAUCGCCGAAACAUCAACCAGAAAACGUUCUCAAUCCACACCCAACGAAGCGGUUGUAGCUGUCCAAAAGGGGGCUUUGCAAGACAGAUCCAUCAAACGGACAACAACACCACCACCACCACCACCACCACACACCGCACCAGUAGCAGCAGUAGCAGCAGCAGCGACGAAGACGGAGGGUUCUCGGGAAACAUCGCACCCCAUCUAGACGCUGGCUCGCAACGGUGAAGCGCGGGGGGCCGAGUCUCCCGAUACGUCACCGGAAGGCGGUGCCACCUGCUGGUGGGCGCCCUGGUCAGCGAUGGGUUGCUUCGGCUCAGCCGGAUCGAAACAGUCGGACUCGAACAGCUCCGAGGAUACCAAGAGCCAGAAACGGCGCAGCGAUGCGAUCACGCGGCAACUCCAGAAGGACAAACAGGUGUACAGAGCGACGCACAGACUGUUACUACUCGGGGCCGGUGAGUCCGGCAAGUCCACCAUCGUGAAACAGAUGAGAAUAUUGCACGUGAACGGGUUUUCCGACAGUGAGCGGAAGCAGAAGAUAGAGGACAUUAAGAAGAACAUUCGUGAUGCUAUCCUGACAAUUACCGGUGCAAUGAGCACACUGACGCCGCCUAUUCAGUUAGAGAAACCGGAAAAUCAGGCACGUGUAGACUACAUUCAGGAUUAUGCGUCAGGGCCUGAUUUCAAUUAUCCACCGGAAUUCUACGAGCACACCGAGGAGCUGUGGAAAGAUCGCGGUGUCCAGCAGACGUACGAGCGAUCGAACGAGUAUCAAUUAAUUGAUUGUGCUAAAUACUUUCUGGAUCGUGUUAGUGAAAUCAAGCAGCCUAACUAUACUCCAACCGAGCAGGAUAUCCUGAGAUGUCGUGUGCUAACCUCUGGCAUUUUCGAAACUAGGUUUCAGGUUGAUAAAGUGAAUUUCCACAUGUUCGACGUCGGAGGGCAGCGUGACGAGCGGCGUAAGUGGAUCCAAUGCUUCAACGAUGUCACAGCAAUCAUCUUCGUGACGGCGUGCUCUAGUUAUAAUAUGGUCCUGCGCGAAGAUCCCACACAAAACCGGCUACGGGAGUCGCUGGAUCUGUUUAAAAGUAUUUGGAAUAAUCGAUGGUUACGGACUAUAUCCGUUAUAUUGUUUUUAAACAAGCAAGACUUACUGGCCGAAAAGAUAAAGGCAGGCAAGAGCAAGCUGUCCGAUUACUUUGGCGAGUUCAACCGUUACCAGACGCCAGCCGACGCCGUGUGCGAAAUGGGCGAGGAUCCAGAAGUGAUUAGAGCAAAAUAUUUUAUAAGGGACGAGUUUUUGCGUAUAUCGACAGCGAGUGGCGAUGGCAAACACUACUGCUAUCCACACUUUACCUGCGCUGUAGAUACGGAAAACAUCAAGAGAGUUUUCAACGAUUGUCGGGACAUCAUUCAGCGGAUGCAUCUGCGGCAAUAUGAGUUGUUAUAGAUAUACUUAAUGAUUUCGAUACAACAGCAACUUGGUCGUCUCAUUUUAGUUGUGUCUAUCGUGAAACAAAUAUCAAACCUAGCCAAACUAUACUAAUUUUAUAAUAAAACAAAUAUUUGAUUAGGAAUUAAUCAAAACAAAAAAAUGGAACAUGCAUAAGCACACAACAAACAAGUACACACACACACAUCCACACGAAUACACAUGCCUCUAACCAUCCCACACAGUACACACAUACACACCCUCCUCCAACCCUCCAUAGAGAGAUGCAUAAGAUCACCGAGAUCGCGCAACUACACCAAUGUUGCUCUGAGCACGUGCGCAGUCACGCAAACGAACAACGUUUGGACGAACAAACGACGACACAGUGAACCCCCCGCUGCUCGGAAAACAUACACCAACUGGUGACAUUUACUGGUCAACCGGGUCGUGUAGACCGGGGGAGGCAAAAAGGAUCCCAAAAAAAAACAUCCCUAUCGGAAAAUAAGAUUCGGCCAUGAUGGCAUCGUGUGCGGAGCCUGUGGACGAACACGCGUGUGCGUGUGCGUGGUGGUGCAAUCAAUACUAGGCGCUGUUCGGGCACGCUAAUGCUCGAAUAAAGGCAAACAUUUAAAAUCCACCUCCAAUCACACAUACACAGACAAAGAGAGAGAGAGAGUAAGAGAGAGGCAUUAGAAGCAACAAAGUAACAACUGCCGUCGAAUUGCGCAAAUUAGUCAAAAAAGAAGGAGCAAGAGCAGAACAAAGCAAAGGUGUCACGUGUAUCUCGUUGCAAGGGUUGCAAGCAAGGCAGGAUAAGCAGCGUAAGUGGGGAAACAUUAUCCUCCCGCACCCUCUACCCACGAACUAAACCAAAUCUAAAAGCAGAAGUAAAAAGAAAAAGAGAAGAAGAGAGAAUACAAGGUUUAGAGCUUGCACUCCUUGUAAACUAAUGGUUUGAUCGGGCGGGCGGCUACGGAUAAAACAGACGCGCGCAUAACCACAGCACAGUUUCUCAUGUUCUCGCUGAUCUGCUAAGUGUCUACCGAACACGACCAGAGAUAAAUAGAGAGAGAGAGAGAGAGAGAGAGAAAGAUAGGAAGGUCGAACAAAAAGAAGAGGGCUGCUAGAGGUAAGCCUUUUGUGCAAUAAAAUCGGUGGGUGUAGAAUUAGGUUUUAGUGGGAUAAAAGUAACUAUGAAACAAACAAAUCCCACCCCACAAGUACACGUACACAGACACACACUCACUAUAAAGAGGCCAUCGCCGCCCGAUCAACGUAACGUGGUGGUGCGCUGUACAGAGGAGAGGGUUAGCUGUUACCCCCGCGCUCCGGGUGCGUGUGCAAAUGUAAAUGUGCUGGCAAAAGGGUGGAGACGAUACACUACUUUCCUUCCACCAAAAGGCCGCCAUUCGUUACAGCAGCAGCAAAUGCUUUAGUAGAAGAAAUCGUUCCACAAACACACACAUCCAGCAUACAACAGUAAAAGCUCACUCGACACAAGCAAAACAGUGUAGGCAAAACGAGAUUCGUGACGCUGCUCCCUUCACAGCUUCCAGUUGGCUGCUUCCGAAGGAGGAGAGAGAGAGAUAAUUGUAGUUGCAGAGAAUGAAAGCUUCAUUGUGCAGGCAAAUCAUGAUACAUAGAUACACACACACACAUAUACACACGCAGACACUCAUACACAUAAAGUGCAACACUGUUCUGUGAACUGGGUAGCAAGAUAGGACGAAAGAAGGGAAAGAGAGAAAAGGGAUGUAGAUUUAGUAAUAUUAUCGCAACGUAGCUGUUGGAAUUUCAGUAUUUCGCUCUCAUGUUUUAUAGUUGUUUGUUUUGUUUGUUUGUUUGUUUUAUUUUUUGUUUGCUAGUAAGCGACUAAUAAGCCCAGGCGCGCCCAUCACACGCAUCUGUUGUGUGUAUUGUUGUGGUAAAAUGUUGUUAUUGUUUUAAAUCUGGCCUGGUCCAACACCGCUAAGCAAUGUUUAGUAUGAAAGGAAAAGAAAACAGGUUCGGUCCUACUCCCCCCCCCCCCCUCAACACUUACACA